AUGCAAUUACGGAAAGUUCGUUCACAGGAAAAUUCAUACACGAAUUUAGAUUAGCAAAGGAAAAUAGACUCUGCUCAAUUCAAAACAUAGCCAUGUACUCAAUAACAUCCCAGCACUCAUAAAAAGUUUUGCCCAUAUUACCAUGAUGAAUCUGAUCGAAGACGCGAUCCUCAUCAAUUCAAAUAUAAGUGAGAAUACUGUUAAUGAUCCUAAGGUGUCAAAUUUGUCCUUAGUUUGAGCAAUGUCCUCAUGGAGAUUUGUGUGCAUUCUCACACAACAAAGUAGAAUAAGUGUACCACCCAAAUAGAUAUAAGAGCAAAUAUUGUGUAUAGAAUAAGGAUUGCGAAUAUGGAAUCUAUUGCUCAUUUGCCCACAAUGAACACGAAUUGCGAGUCCCCCUUAAAUUAGAGUAAUUGGUACCAGACAAGAAAUUUUGGAUGUUUCACUAUAAAACAAUAUGGUGUCCAUACAUCGUUGGGUAUCCCAUUAUUAUAAACUCAAAGUCACGAUCGAGCCACUUGUGUUUAUGCUCAUAAUGCACAAGAUUUCAGGAGAGAUCCCCAUCAGCUUCAACCUAAGGAAUGCGUUUAUUGGAAUAAAACAGAGUAGAUCCAAAGAUAUGAUCAAGGAGGCUGUCCUGAUCAAGAGAACUGUCCAAAUUGUCAUGGAUGGAAAGAAUAUGAAUAUCAUCCCUUGAUUUACAAAACAAAACCAUGUGCUCAACCAAAUUGCAUUAAAAAGGAGUGUCCCUUCUUUCAUAAUGAUCAAGAACGUAGGUACGAUCUCAUUCUUAUACCUAAGAAUACCCAAGUAAUAGAAUGAAAAGCAGUGGAUUAUUUAGGAACCAAAUACUCAGAAUUUAUUGAGGGUUCCUUAUAAGUCCAAUUCAAAUUAUUAAGGACCUAUAAUUCCCAGUUAUAUUCCACAAGAUUUGAAUAGAGAGAAAAUGGAAGUUGGGUAGCCACUUGAAUUGUUUAGCUCUAUGACCACUUCAUCAAAUCCACUAUCGAGAAGAGGGUCCGAUUUCUCAGACAGAUAAAAAAAAAAAUGGAAUACAUAACGUAAACAUCAUCGCACUGCUCCUACGACACCAGAUCAAAAGCAAUAGUAAUAAACAAAGAUUCCAUUAAUCAAAUAUUCUCGUCGAUUGUAGGAUGAAUUAUGGAAAUUAUCUGGGGUAAAGCGAUUUCAGUAAUAUCCUAGUCGGAUUUCAUUUUACACACUCUAGAAGGGAUGAAAAUAACUGAAACCAGUUUGAUGCAUAUGAACGAGCUUAAUUUACUAUCUUUGAAUAUUAGUGAUUAAUAAAAGCAAUAUUUGAUAUCAGCCUUAUUCAAUAUUAAGUAAGAAAAGAACUACGAUGAAAAACAUGACGAUGAAUUAUUAAAAGAAAGUGCUGGGCAAUUUUGA